GGUGCGUCUUCAUUCGAAAUAAUCCAUUGAUUCUUACCAGUAAGCCACCAUCGCUGCAGGCUCUGAACAGAGAAGUCGUGCCAACUUUGGAUUGUUCCAGGAUGUCUAGGUAGCCUUGUCUUCUCAAUUUCACGUCUAGAAGUGCCUCUGGGUACUUCUCUCUGCCCGCAAUGGCGAGCACCGCAGCUGCCACGAUGGCACACCAGAUGCCACCGUUCCCUAUUCCUCCUAUGCCGCGAAUACGACCCCCGCGCAUGCUCAAGGGCACACCAAGUCCCAAUACAAAUCCACAGCCUCCGGGAAAAGCUCCCCCCAACAAGUGGUGGGUGCAAGGCAAAUGGCGAAACCCGGCGUCCAACGCAAGCAAGCAGCAGGCGCAGACACAGGCUCGACAAGCUGCGAAAGCACUCCGCCAUGAGACGCACGGCCUGGAUAUCUAUGCAUACCGGCAUGUCAGGACGAAUCAGGUCGUGUAUAGUCUUACCAGGACAUUGCAGGAGACCAAAAUCCUGAAACAACUUGUCUUCCACGGCAAAAAGACCGUCCCAGCCUCAAUCCGGCCGGACAUGUGGGCGCCGUACUUUUCCAUCCAUUUCCCCCCUACACCUGCGGGUGCACUCGACGGGCUCUUCGCAUUUGCAAAACUCCGCGAGCUCUCGCUACAACGACAACUCUCACCGCCCGACGACCUAAUACGUGUGACACAAGAGGACAUUGACGUGAUCAAAUCCAAGCUCGGGUCGCCUGUCGAGCUACAAGAGUUGGCGGCAAGGGACAGAUUAGAAGGCAGAAUCCCUAAGCUCGGGGAGAUACUUCCUAAGAAACUCCACGCGCGGCGGUUGAUGGACCAGAAAGCCACAAGUGUCGCGGACGCCGCGUUCGUGUUGGACUGGAUCAGCUCCGGCCCCGGUCCACUAGAAAGAUUAACGGAACUAGCCGCGAACAGGGUGGUCAAGCACAAUCGAAGAACGAGACGAGCGAGGCGGAGGAUCAAUCAGAUCCGAGAAUACGAGGAUGCGGAACAGAAGAAGGUUCAAGACCGGAUCACGCUGGCGUUGGACAAGAGAGAUCUCGAAGAUAAGAGUCAUUUGCCGCUUUCUCGCAAGGUGUUGGCGCAAAUGAGUAUGGACCUUCACGGGGUGAUCGAUGGGGAUAGGUUGAUUGAGUUUGAGAAUGUGAAUGAAUUGAGAAAGGCGAUUCAGGAAUGGAAGUCGUUCAAUGAGGUCAACAGUAAGAAUCUCGACAUGGAUCUCUGGGCUAAGAGGCAGUACGUUGGACGGGAGGCCGAGCGCAAGGCGAUACAAGAGUGGUUCGAGGUGAAUGAUGCACCAAUGACGGAGCAGGGAUCGGUAUGGAACGACGUUGCGGAGGCGAGGGCAGCAGCGUUUAGCGAGUUCGAUGAAAAGGGGGGAAAGACUCUGAAGGUCGAUGUCUCGGAUAAAGAGAAGCCAGACUGGGCAGAGAAUACGGAGGUUAAGAUGUUCUGGUCUGAUUUAAAUGAUGGUUUGUUCGCAAGCGCGUGGCCGAAGAACGUGGUUCACGGCAGACUGGCGCCGUUUGGUGUGGCAAAGACGUUGCCGCCGAGGGAGGCGCGAACACCGCACGGCCGUGUUGUUGGGGAGCUGAGUGAAGAAGAAACCCAAGAGACUGUGCUUCCAGUUCUGUUGUCGAAGAGUGUGCAUGUCAUUGGCAGUGGAGCGGAUGACGGGUGGAUGCCGGAGAAGAUGGCCAUAGCCAGUACCCAGGAGCCAGAACCGUGGACGAAGCCGCCAGAGGAAGCUGAGGAGGGUGAAACUGAGCAAGGACAAGGCCAGGAUGGGCAGGAAGCUCAUGUUACGACGUCUGAUGCGGCAGCGAUCGAGGCGGCGAGGAGGGACGCUGAGCUGCAUUCGCCGGGUCUCUGGGGACGGGUGCGUGGGUUGUUCGGUGGGAGGAAGCAACUGGUAGUUGAGGACCAACGUCGGCCUUAACAGCGUGAUGCCAACGGCAAGAGGGGGUGAAGCUGGACAGGAAGAAAGGCCUCAUCGAAUGACCUGGGGUGCCGUCUUGGUCUGGUCAGUGUGGAUUGUUUGCUCGGAUCUUCCCUUUCCCAGCCCGAGAAGUGACAUCCAUGGACUGCUUCCUAUGCAUAUGCCUCUGGGCAGGUGAGUCCAUUCUACGGUCAUUGGCGGCGCAUGCUCAUCAGGGACCCGGCUGUUUUCUCUCAAGAGCCCGGGCAAUUGCACACAUCCCUCCAAGAAUUGCGUGAUUCUGGACCUGGUCUGCCCUCACUAUAUGGUGUCUUCUAUCAGGAAUGGAAGUAAAGUUAGAGAAGGGGACUCUUAUUGUCUCGUCAAAAAGGGAUGGGUGGUGACUCUGUACCACACUACUGUACUAUUGUAUAUUCAUGCCAAUAUAGAACAAGCGAAACGCUCUAUUUCGCCUCUCA